AUGGAUCAGCUGACUCCUGGAGAGAGAAGCAUGGAUCAGCCUGCAACCAAGAUACCCAUUUGUUGGGAAAGAUGUGUUCGAUGCUUACACAAACAAGUUGAAAAAUCAGAAGACGGAAGACUGAUUUAUACUGGGAAUUUGGCCCGAACAGUAUUUGGUGUGAAAUGUUUCUCUUAUUCUACAAGUGUGAUCAGCCUUACAUUUCUACCAUACAUUUUUGCCCCAAAUAAUGUUGUAUUUGGAAGUCUGCCUUUGCAAAUCUUAUUUUAUGGCAUCAUAGGAAGCUUUACACUGAUCACUCCAGUCCUGCUUCACUGAGUUACAAAAGGCUAUGUCAUUCGGUUGUACCAUGAGGCCACGACAGAUACUUACAAAGCCAUUACUUACAAUGUUUUGCUUUCAGAAACCAGUACUGUGUUUCAACAGAAUGAUGUGAAGAUUCCAAGCAGCACACAUCUGUUUACCACAUUUUAUGCUAAAACAAAAUCACUGUUAGUUAAUUCAGGUCUCUUUCCAAACCCCAAAGACUAUGACCAUCUAAUGGGUUAUGACAAACCAUUCACUUUUGAUAUGGAAGAAACCAGUGAAAAGAAACAGCUUGAAGAUGAGAAAUGAGUCUGUUGUUUUUAUGUUUGUGCUUAAAUGUGAUUUAUUUUCCCAUG